AUGGCGGCAGACGGACAAGAUUGGCGAGGUCUUGGAUUUCGGAAAAAAGUUAUUGCUCAGAUAGAUGAAGCUGUGCGGCAGGCAGGUAAUCCUAUAACCAAGAGCAGCAUGGAAAUGGAAAACCACGUCUUCCUGAAGGCCAAAUGCAGGGAGGAAUACCUUGCUCUGGUUGCCAGACUCAUACUUCAUAUCAAAGAGAUCAACUCCCAGAAGGAGAGGAAGGCGGCCGCCAUGGUUGCAGCAUCAGCAUCGGGUUUAGCCCCGCCCCACGGGAUUCCACAAGGUACGGCCCCUUUACAACAGCAGCAGCAGCAGCAAGGCCCUGGCAUGCAGGACCCUAUUAAUGCUCUUCAGACUCUGGCCCGGCAGGGUGGCGGACAUAACCUCACCUUGGGGCACCAGCCCCAGCAAGAAGGCUGCUGUUGGCACUAUGCUGAUACAAGCAAACAAAAAGCCAGCUUAUACCCACCAGUCUCCAGGAACAAUCCCCCCCUCCCACCCCCCACAUAUACCUCACAACAAACACCUCACCCAGUCUGCCAGAAUUACAUUGUGUCCCGAUUCCAUCCCUUGCAGUGUAUAAAAGUUGAUGUUUCAGCCACACUGGGCAUGGGACCAGGUCCCAGCCAGACUAUCCUGUCACAGCAACUUCAGCCAUUCCUCUCGGACGCCAGGCCCGGAGCCUUCCCGCAGCGAGGCCCUGGCAUGCCCAGUGCCCAGCAGAUUCAGAUGCACCAGAAGUUGAUGCAGCAGAGAGCGAUCCAUCAGCAGCAACAACAGCAUCAACAUCUGAUGCAGCAAAGGGCAAUGCAGCAGCAACAACAACAACAACAGCACCAACAACAGGGCACACAAGUCCCUACCCUGCAGCGUCAGGAUGCCUUUAUAGUGACCUCCCCUCAGCAGCCAGCAACUCACGUUCCCCCUGUGCAGAGUCAGGGCGUGGCACAGCCUCCGGGGCAGCAGAUGCAGUUUGCUGCACCGGGCCCGUAUCCUUCCCCACAGCAGGUGCACUAUGUACAGAGCCCUGCCUCACAGCCUGCCUCCAUUCCCCAGCAGAUGACCCCUUCACCUGCUCAGCAAGGACCGCCAAGUCAUUCUAUACACUCUCCAGCCCAUAUGAUGCCCAGUCCUUCUCCACAGCCAACUAUAGUUCCCUCCCCUGGCACAAAGACUCUGGGAGUAGCCUCCCCUGGAACAAAUCUCAACACACCAGGCAACCCAGGGUCUGUAGGACCUGUGGCCAGUCCUGCCUCCAGGGCCCCCGGGGAAGACCAAGCCUACCUGGACAAGCUGAAGCAAUUGUCUAAAUACAUUGAGCCUCUCCGUAGGAUGGUUAACAAGAUUGACAAGGAUGAGGAUAAUCAAUCGCAAAAGGAUCAGCUCAGCAAAAUGAAGAACCUCUUGGGCAUACUCUCUGACUCAUCACGAAGGCUGCCUAUGACAACUCUGCUGAAGUGUGAACAAGUACUGGAGAAGCUUGAUCUGAAUCUAAAGGGGACUGGCUCCAGUGUGACCCACACACAGAUGCUGACGAAGUCUAGUGAGCAGCACAUGUGCCAGCCUUUGCUAGAUGCUGUGGCCGCCCUCAUCCAGUCACCCAUGCUCAACCACACCCUGCACCGCACAUUCGGACCAGCUAUGACCUCCCUUAAUGGACCACCUAUCAAGGUGCCCAGUCCAUUGCCCAGAAAGAGGAAGAGAGAGAGUGAAUCCCCGGAUGAUGACAUCCCUGAUGUCCUGCAGGGGGAGGUGGCCAGAUUAGACCGGCGCUUCCAUGUCAACCUGAACCCUGCUAACAGCUCAUCUUCCAAAACCAUACACCUGACCUGUUAUCUACAAGACAAGAACCUGCCAACUGUUCCUCCGAUACAGGUGUUGGUGCCAGAUGGUUACCCCUCCACUAGCCCCUCGUGUGAUAUGGAUACUGUGGACUAUGAUUCCACACCUUUCCUACAGGCAAUACACAAACUGUUAUUAUCCCGAUUGUUGAGGAUGCCUGAUAGAUUUUCUCUGACUGCUUUGUUGAACACUUGGGAGAUGACAGUAAGGCAUGCCUGUUCUCCAAUGACAACUGUGUAGUGGGGAACUCUGUACCAGGGGCCUGUUCUCCAAUGACAACUGUGUAGUGGGGAACUCUGUACCAGGGGCAUGUUCUCCAAUGAC